AUGGACGAGCUGGAGGAGGAGCUCAAGUGUCCGGUGUGCGGCUCUUUUUUCCGGGAGCCGAUCAUCCUGCCCUGUUCCCACAACAUCUGCCUCGCGUGCGCGCGGAACAUCCUGGUGCAGACGCCGGACGCGGAGUCUCCUCAGAGCCGCGCGUCCGGCUCCGCGGUGUCGGACUACGACUACCUGGACCUGGACAAGCUGAGCGUGUACAGCGAGGCGGACAGCGGCUACGGCUCGUACGGGGGCUUCGUGAGCGCGCCCACCACCCCGUGUCAGAAAUCUCCCAACGGGGUGCGCGUGUUUCCCCCCGCGGCCCCGCACCACCUCGUGCCCCAUCCCCCCGCGGCUCUGACGCCCGCGCCGCGGAACUCGUGCCUCACGUGCCCGCAGUGCCACCGCAGCCUGACGCUGGACGAGCGCGGGCUGCGCGGCUUCCCGCGGAACCGCGUCCUGGAGGCGGUGGUGGAGCGGUACCAGCAGAGCAAAGCGGCGGCGCUGCGGUGUCAGCUGUGCGAGAAAAGCCCCACGGAGGCCACGGUCAUGUGCGAACAGUGCGACGUGUUCUACUGCGACCCGUGCCGCGUGCGCUGCCACCCGCCGCGCGGACCUCUGGCCAAACACCGCCUCGUGCCGCCCGCGCAGGGCCGCAUCUGCCGCCGCGCGAGCCCGCGCAAGAUCUCCACGUGCACGGAGCACGAGCUGGAGAACCUGAGCAUGUACUGCGUGCAGUGCAAGAGCCCCGUGUGCUACCAGUGCCUCGAGGACGGCACGCACGGCACGCACGAGGUCAAAGCGCUGGGCGCCAUGUGGAAACUGCACAAGGGGCAGUUGUCUCAGGCUCUGAACGGACUCUCCGACCGAGCCACUGAAGCAAAAGAGUUUCUGGUUCAACUCCGGAACAUGGUUCAGCACAUCCAGGAGAACGGGGUGGAGUUUGAGGCGUGUCUCGUGGCUCAGUGUGACGCCCUCAUCGAGGCUCUGAACAGGAGGAAGGCUCAGCUCCUCGCACGAGUCAACAAGGAACACGAACACAAGCUGAAGGUGAGUGAAGCUCUGAUCCGUCGUGUGCACAUGACCGAGGGGCAGUGGGGAAAAGGAACUCUGACCCCGAGAAUGAGCAGCGACUUCGACCUGACGCUCGACAGCGGCCCCCUGCUCCAGACCAUCCACCAACUCGACUUCGUACAGAUGAAAGGUACACAACGACUCCCCGCUGCUCCGAUGCUUCAGCUGGAGGAGAGUGUGUGUUGUGUGUGUAACAACAGCGCUACGUUGUCGUGGAAACAGCCUCCCUUAUCAACGGUUGCCGUGGAGGGAUACAUCCUGGAACUGGACGACGGCAGCGGAGGACCGUUCAGGGAGGUGUACGUCGGGGCGGAGACCAUCUGCACGGUGGACGGGCUUCACUUCAACAGUUCGUACAGAUCCAGAGUCAAAGCCUUCAACAGCAGCGGAGUGGGACAGUACAGCAAAACUCUGCUCAUGCACACGUCUGAAGUGGCCUGGUUCACCUUUGACCCCGCCUCCGCUCACCCCGACAUCCUUUUCUCCAACGAUAACCUGACGGUGACGUGCAGCAGCUACGACGACCGCGUGGUGAUGGGCGGCGUGGCGUUUUCCCGCGGCGUUCACUACUGGGAGAUGACGCUGGACCGUUACGAUAAUCACCCCGACCCGGCGUUCGGCGUCGCCCGCGCCGACGUGCUCAAGGACACCAUGCUCGGGAAAGACGACAAGGCCUGGGCCAUGUACGUCGACAACAACCGCUCCUGGUUCAUGCACAACAACUCGCACACAAACAGGACGGACGGGGGCGUGGCCAAAGGUUCGACCAUCGGCGUGCUCCUCGACUUCACCAGAGGAAUCCUCAUCUUCCUCAUCAACGACGAGCAGCAGGGGCCUGUGGCCUUCGACAGCCUGGAGGGGGCGUACUACCCCGCCAUCAGCCUCAACCGCAACGUCCAGGUGACCCUCCACACCGGGCUGCCCAUCCCAGACUUCUACACCCCCGGAGAACCAGACCCCAGCGGCUCCGUGUGCUGAACUCUUCCCCACACCGGCCUCACGUCUCU